CGAGUCGUAGUUAUUAUUAUUGUUUUGAACCGAUAAUCAUUCUUGCGCAGUUAUAUUUAUUGUUGUUUUAAUUAAAUUGAGCAUUAUUAACAGUCCUCAUCAUUGAAACGAGAUCAGAGGUAAACCACAAUAUUCUCAUUUGUCGAAAGUAAAGGUAAGUGUCAUUUGAUACUCCGUUUGGCAUAUCGUUUGUGCCAGUCCUGUGCCAUAGAACUGCACAGAGCAGAUGAAGGCUAUAAAGGUACAUUAUCUCAAGAUUGCAGGAACUCCUCCAAGGGAAUUUAUUUUCCCCAGAACCGUGCUCGUGAGACGUAAAAGUAGAUUUAAUUUAAAAGAUUUUUUAUAGGGAUGUUGGAUAAAUCUAGCUAUAAUAUAGUCUAUGGAUGUACGUUUUAAACUUUGAGUAUAUUUAACAGAAAAAAAGUAUUUGUAUGUUUCUUUAAAUACACAUUACAUUUACAAUUUGUGAUGUAUUUACUUUCUGAUUUGAUAGAGAAACAUUAGUUCGUACAAUAUUUAUUAAAUAUAAAUUACAAUGCUACGAAAACGUAUACGUACAUAUGAAAGAAGAAAUAUUCAAAAUCCGUUAAUAAAAAUUAGUGACUUUACUAAAGUGAAUUUAAUAUUAAAAACUGACGAUAUUCCCAGAGAACAACAUGGAAUUAAUAACCUUAAUGAAAAUAAAAUAAGUGAAGAUUCAUUAGAUUACGAUCCUUUUGAAACAACAUUUGAUAGAAUUGCUAAAGACGCAGUAGUACCACCAAUACCACCUGAUUGUAUUAACAAUAACUCAUGGAGUGGUAGUAGUUCUGGUAUAAAUAGCGAGGAGGAAAAUAAAAAUGAAUCUUUAUUUCAUAUUUCCUUUGGUAAUUGUAGUAUUGAUGUCAGCCCAAAUAUGAAGUAUAAAAAGUCUAUAAAAAUGUUAUCAUAUAAAAAAAAUAUUAAACCAAAAAAUAAAAAGACACGUAUAACAGGAACUUUAUACAAUUCACAGCAUAUAAAAGAAGUAAAAACUGUUAAGAAAAAAAGUCAGAUUAAGGCUUGCAAAAGUAAAAGAAUAAAGAAAGUUCAGAAAACAAGAAAUAAAAAUCAAAGUAAGUUAACAAAUGCAAGGAGUUUAUAUUCUGUGUUAAAAAAUUCUAAUGAUAUUGUUAAGUCAGAUAUUGUUGAUACUAGUAUUAAUAAAAUGACUAAUAAUAAGAGUAUUAAUAACAGUACUAGCCCUUACAAGAAUAUCCAUAAAAAAAAAAUUGAUUUAUUACCUUGCAAUAAAUCUGAAUUAUGUAGCCCUUUAAAGGAGACUACUAAUGUCCCAAAAAUUAAUGAUAAAAAGGGAACAUGUCAAUUGAAGUUUAUUAAAAAAACACAAAAGAUUAAUAAUGAAAAUAAUGAACACUUCUCAUCAUCAGUAUCACAUAACAUUUCUGAUUCAAUUGGCAACAAGUUUAAAAUUAAACCUUGUUCUGUAGUACUGUACAAAAACAAUAUGGAAAAACGUAAGUUUAUGGUUAAUAAAUCCAAAUGUAUGGUAAAAGAAUGUCGUUUAGUUUUACAUAAGAUAUCAAAUAAUUUUAUAAAUAGCAAAUACAAAUCACCCAUGAAUAACUUGAUCUGUAAAAGUUCAAAUGGAAUAAGAAAGGAUUUAAAUUCUGAAAAAAAUCCAGUGAGUAGCACACCUAUCGCUACAUCUAAAAGGAGAUCAGCAUAUUCUCCUUGCUAUUCACCAAUUGAUAUUACAAAAUCUCAUAUUGUAAGCGAUAUUCCUGCAUCGCUUGAUAAGUUACAGUCAAACAAUUUGCAUACAUUAAAUAAGACAAGCAUAAAUGUUUCCACCAAUGUUGAAUCAGAUAUGAAGGAUAAGGUUUUAUAUAUAAAAGAUAGAAAAAUAUGUGUAUUAACAUCAGUAGAUAGUAAUUUGUUAAGUGGCGAAGGAAUUAAACUUGAUACAGAAGAAUAUGAAAUGUUACAUUUAAACACUUCUAAAAAAAAUUCAAAUUUUAUCAAUAAUAGGAAAACAGAUGCUACAAUAUUUAUAGAUGAUAACAUUGAUAUAGCAUUGAGACAAAAAUGUAGCAAAACACAUCAGAAAGAUAAUCCAUUGCUAGAUAAUGUAAACUUUUCUAUAGAGACAAAUAGAUCUUGUUCCUUGUUUGAUGAUCAUGAAAGUAAAUUAUAUGCUAUGGAAAAUGAUAACAGUAUGAGUGCAAUAAAAGAAAAAUUAUUUACAAAUACGAAUGUGCAUGAAAGUAAUGCUAAUACUGAACUAGACUUGAAACCUAUUACUUCAGAUAUGUAUAAUACUGAACAAAUUAUAAAAUCAGAAAUAUUAAAGAAAGAAGAAUCGAGUGCAACAAUUACAAAAGAAAAAUCUAAUGAGGAACAUAUUGAGAAUAAAGAUACCACUGAAGAAAAAAGUUAUGACAAAUUGAUGGAUGAAAAUCAAUGUCAACUCAAUAUGAAUGAAACAAUUAAUUUUUUCACUCAGUUGAAAAAUUCAGUAAAGGUUACUGAAAGGGAACAAGAUAGAAAAAAUAACUUUUACUUAAGUAACAUUUAUGAAAAUGAAAAUAAUAUUAUUCAAUAUUCAACAUGUGAAAUGUCACAAUAUGAUGACAAAGUAAACGAAUAUAUUUUGAGUCAAAAUCCUACGAAGAAUUUGACUGAUACUUCUGUAAAUAUUAUUACAACACAUAGUGAUGAACCUAAUUCAUUAAUCAAUAAUCAAGUAGCUUCUUUAUCAGGAAAGUUUAUAUUUUUAAAGCCAGGCAAAUCUUGGACACGUUCUUUAUCCAUUUUACAUAAUUUUCAGAAUGGAUUAAAUUUAAAUAAAACGUCUAUUGAAAAAGGUAAAAGAUGGAGACAUAGUGUUAAGGAUAUAUUAGACAUGCAGAAAAAAGAUGAAUGUGAUACAAAUCAGUUUAUCAAUUCGAAAAGAUUUGUUAGAAGAACUUCUAUUCGUGUUGUGCGCGAUAGUAGAAUUAUUAAAAAUGCUAGUGAUGCUUCAUUUCUUGAAGUAUAUGGGAUUAAAACUACUGUCAAAAAUGAACAUAUAUUACCAGAAACUAUUUGUAACACUGAAUAUAGUACUCAGCAUAAUGAUAUGAAAAAUAAUUGUCCAGAAAUUUGUUCGUCAGAAACUGCAAAAGAUGUUAUUUUACAAAAAUGUUCCCAAAAAGAUUAUUUAUCAUUCAAAAAUUUGUUUUCAAGAAAGUAUUUGAAAUUUUGUCGAAAAAUAGGAGAAGGUGUAUAUGGAGAAGUAUUUCUUUAUGAAAAGAACAGACAAAAAUCUGUUCUAAAGAUUAUACCUAUAGAAGGUGUCCAAUUAAUUAAUGGUGAACCACAAAAGAAAUUUAAUGAAAUACUUUCAGAAAUUGUUAUUGCAAAAGAGUUACAUAAUUUAAGAUUUAACGAAAAUCACAAUACAAGUGGAUUUGUUGAAGUGAAAAGUAUUAAAUGCAUUAAAGGAAAGUAUCCUAAAGAAAUGAUACAUUUGUGGAAGAAGUAUGACGAAGAAAAAACAUCUGAUAAUGAUUGUCCAUCAAUUUUUGAUGAAAAGCAACUUUAUAUUUCUCUUGAACUUGGUCAUGGUGGUCAAGAUCUUGAAUCUUUUGAAUUUCACACAGCUGUAGAAGCACAUACAUUAUUUAUACAGACUGCAUUAGCAUUAGCAAUCGCUGAAAGAUCACUUAAAUUUGAACAUAGAGACUUGCAUUGGGGAAAUAUCUUGAUUUCUGAUACAGAUGAAAAAUAUAUAUACUAUAAGCUUGAUAAUAAAAAUAUUUCAGUUUUAAGUAAUGGUAUAAAAGUCUGUAUCAUAGAUUUUACUCUUUCAAGAAUGUCAUAUCAAGGAUGUUGCAUAUUCAAUGAUUUAGCGUUAGAUCCUACUUUAUUUACUGCUCAAGGUGAAUAUCAAUUCGAGAUUUAUCGUCUUAUGAAAGAUAAAUUACAAAAUAAUUGGCAAGAAUUUGAGCCAUACACAAAUAUUUUAUGGUUGCAUUAUGUCUUGGAUAAAAUGUUAACAAUGGUUAGAUAUAAAAAGAAAAAUCUAAAAAAACAUAAAAAUGCUAUAAUUCAGCUUUGCGAUCUAAAACAUAUAAUAUUAUCUUAUCAAAGUGCAUAUGACUUUGUAAAUAAUUGUGAACAAAUCUCAAAUUUAUUAAUAAAAUGAUAAAAAAUAUGUAAGAAUAAUUAAAACAGUAUUAGCCACAUAUGAACUAUACCAAUCAUGCUUAUUGCAAAAAAGCAAAGCUUUUAUAGGAAAAGUACAUAAAAAUGUGUUAAUGCAUACUUUUGAAAGAAAGUGAAUAAUAAAUCUCUUGUUUUAUAA